UCCAACUCCCAGCACCUCCAGGAAAGAGGUGGGUGCCUGCGACUGCAGUGCUGGGGGUGGGCGGGGACAGGAGAAUCCUGAGGGCUGGUUGGCCAGCUAGUGUAACAGAAUAACGUCAAGCUCCAGGUUCAGUGAGAGGACCUUGAUUCAAAAAGUAAGUGAUUAAGGAAGACAUCCCAGUGUCAGCCUUCGGUCUCCACACUUGCCAGCAAAGGCUGAUACACUGACAUUCAUGGACACACACACACACACACACACACACACACAAUAAAUAAGUAAAUUUGCUUUUGGCUUCAAGAAUCUUUCUUCUUGACUUGGAGAAUCAGAAUGUGAGGAGGGGACAAGGUAAUCUAUUCUGUCUUCAUUAGGAAUUUGCCUCCUGGGCUGUAGACAAGAUUCUCUGGCCCAUUUUGUUUUUCUUGGCAAACAUUUGUGACUAGGCACAAAGCUUCGGUGAAUAGUCAAAGAAUUAUUUCUGACUUCUGGCAUCUGAAACUGGCGUUUGAGUGACUCGGAACUUUGGACAGUCUGAUUAGGCAGUGCAGGUAAGCUCCCUGGGGUUGGGGACUGUCACAAGCCCUCACCCAUGCUUUGUGGGAUGGCCGCAGAGAAGCCAGGCUGUCAGCCCUAUCAGAAUGAACACACCAGCUGAAAUAUACCUCAUUUCUUCUGCUCAGCUUUCCCAGGAUGAUGGAGAUAUUUAAGAAAGAUAUGCCCCCAGCAAAGUUCACAAACACCGACUACUGUGACCACUGCUGUGCCCGUGUUAACAUCAUUACAGAAUCGAGGGGGCUGUUUCCAACUUCAUCAGCUCGCCCUUAACGACUUCUGCCUCCUCUCCUCGCACUUACAAAGCAUGUUGAGUUUUCUCUGAGUCAGUGCUCUUUGGUGUUGGUGUGAAUGGCCAGGACAGCAGGGCAAUAAUCUGAGAUUUUUCAAAGAAUAGUUCCUGGCCCUGGUCUUUGAGGUGGGGUGCCCUUAGGUGGAAGUCCAGAGUGACGUGAGUGGGCAGAGCAGGAGCUGCAUGCCCUGAGCUGGCCUUUGGAAUAACAGGAAGGAGCAAGAGUAAGUGUGCCGAGAGCAGGAAGAGGUGCAGCUCUGUAAGGCGCGUGGCGUGGGUCUGAUGGGAGCCCUUUGCGUGCACUUGGGUUUUCUGUCAGUUCCCGGCUCCCUGAGCUUCCUUUCAGAUUAGCAGAGCUUCUGGAAGCAACAAGAGGUUCCUUCCACGGCUGACCCCUGGAAGCCGGUGAAGGUCUAGCGUGCACUCUGGGAACUGAGGGUGACUCACGGCCUUCCAGUCCCAUUCCCUAGAGAGCUUCCACCUUUUUUCUAGAAGUGCUUCCCAGAGGCGUCUGGUAGGAAGUCUAUUGUCACACACAGAGGCAGGCAAUCCCCAUCAGUCACCCUUUCCACUUGGAGGGAAAAAGGAACCUGGGUUUUCCAUAUAAACUCCUGUCUCGUCACCGCGCCUGCGGCAGACCCUGACAUUCAUCUCAAAAUCCAUUUCAGCUAACAGAGAAACAUGGAUUCCCCAAGGCCAGGAUGGCUGCCAUGCAUCAUCCCAGUUGGACAAGAGGUGAGCCAUGGAGCCCUUCUGUCCACUCCUGCUGGCAAGUUUUAGCUUGUCACUCGCCAGAGCUGGUAAAGGCAACGACACCACUCCAGCAGAGAGCAAUUGGACCAGCACAACCGCAGGCCCUCCGGACCCUGGUACCUCCCAGCCGCUGCUCACCUGGCUGUUGCUGCCUCUGCUCCUCCUCCUGCUCCUCCUCACAGCCUACUUCUUCAGGUUCAGGAAGCAGAGGAAAGCCGUGGUCAGCAGCAACGACAAGAAGAUGCCCAACGGGAUCCUAGAAGAGCAAGAGCAGCAGAGAGUGAUGCUGCUGAGCAGGUCCCCGUCGGGUCCCAAGAAGUACUUCCCCAUCCCAGUGGAGCACCUGGAGGAGGAGAUCCGUGUGAGAUCAGCAGAUGACUGCAAGCGCUUCCGCGAGGAGUUCAAUUCAUUGCCGUCUGGACAUGUACAAGGAACCUUCGAUCUAGCAAAUAAAGAAGAAAACAGAGAAAAAAACAGAUAUCCCAACAUUCUGCCCAACGAUCAUUCCAGAGUGAUUUUGAGCCAAGUGGAUGGAAUCCCCUGCUCUGACUACAUUAACGCUUCCUACAUAGAUGGUUACAAAGAAAAGAACAAAUUCAUAGCUGCUCAAGGCCCUAAACAGGAGACAGUGAAUGACUUCUGGAGGAUGGUCUGGGAGCAGAAGUCAGCCACCAUUGUCAUGCUGACCAAUCUGAAGGAGAGGAAGGAGGAGAAGUGUUACCAGUACUGGCCGGACCAGGGCUGCUGGACCUAUGGGAACAUCCGGGUGUGUGUGGAGGAUUGCGUGGUUCUGGUGGACUACACCAUCCGCAAGUUCUGCAUCCAUCCGCAACUCCCCGACAGCUGUAAAGCCCCACGACUGGUCUCCCAGCUACACUUCACCAGCUGGCCUGACUUUGGGGUACCUUUCACCCCCAUCGGAAUGCUGAAGUUCCUGAAGAAAGUGAAGACGCUCAACCCCUCACAUGCUGGGCCCAUUGUGGUCCACUGCAGCGCGGGCGUGGGCCGGACAGGCACUUUCAUUGUGAUCGACGCCAUGAUGGACAUGAUACACUCAGAACAGAAGGUGGAUGUCUUUGAGUUUGUGUCUAGAAUCCGCAAUCAGCGCCCUCAGAUGGUCCAGACGGAUGUACAGUACACGUUCAUCUACCAAGCCUUGCUGGAGUAUUACCUCUAUGGGGACACAGAGCUGGAUGUGUCCUCCCUGGAGAGACACCUGCAGACGCUACACAGCACAGCCACCCAUUUUGACAAGAUUGGGCUGGAGGAAGAGUUCAGGAAACUGACCAACGUGCGAAUCAUGAAGGAGAAUAUGAGGACUGGCAACCUGCCUGCCAACAUGAAGAAGGCCCGUGUCAUCCAGAUCAUUCCAUAUGACUUCAAUCGGGUAAUCCUCUCCAUGAAAAGAGGGCAAGAAUACACAGACUAUAUCAACGCGUCCUUCAUUGAUGGCUACAGGCAGAAGGACUACUUCAUGGCCACACAGGGGCCUCUGGCUCACACAGUUGAGGACUUCUGGAGGAUGGUGUGGGAGUGGAAAUCACACACGAUCGUCAUGCUGACCGAGGUGCAGGAGCGGGAGCAGGAUAAAUGCUACCAGUAUUGGCCAACAGAGGGCUCGGUGACUCAUGGAGAUAUAACUAUAGAAAUAAAGAGCGACACCCUGUCUGAAGCCAUCAGCAUACGAGACUUCCUGGUUACUUUUAAACAGCCCCUGGCCCGCCAGGAAGAGCAGAUCCGAAUGGUGAGACAGUUCCAUUUCCACGGCUGGCCUGAGGUUGGAAUCCCAGCUGAGGGCAAAGGCAUGAUCGACCUCAUUGCAGCCGUGCAGAAGCAGCAGCAGCAGACAGGCAACCACCCGAUCACGGUGCACUGCAGUGCGGGAGCAGGGCGGACAGGCACGUUCAUAGCACUCAGCAACAUUUUGGAACGAGUGAAAGCCGAGGGACUCCUAGAUGUCUUUCAAGCUGUGAAGAGCUUAAGACUUCAGAGACCACACAUGGUGCAAACCCUGGAGCAAUAUGAAUUCUGCUACAAAGUGGUACAAGACUUUAUCGAUAUAUUUUCUGAUUAUGCUAAUUUCAAAUGAAGAUUCCUGCCUUAAAAUAGUUUUUAAUUUAAUGGUCAGUAUAUUUUGUAAAAAAAAAAAAUAAUGUUAAUUUAUUUCCUAGUGGACAUUAAUAUCCUUCCUAAUUCCUUUGUAUAUAUUUUGUUAUGUUCUAAAGGCUACCUGCUGUAAGGUUAUUAAAUCUUAAAUGCCCUUUUUAAAAGUUGGAAUAAUGUGUUAAGGUCAAAUACUAUCUGGGAAGAUAUAUAUUUCUGCUAAUAUCUGUCAGUAUCUUAAUUCUGUUAGAUUCACAUCAUGUGAUGUCACAUGUCAUGCAUCUGUAAAUGUAGCUCUUAAUAUGUCAAAUGUGUCUGUGAAAGAUGCUAACCAUGAAGCCCCUUGUGGAGAAAACAGUUGAGGACUCAGAAUCAGGACACAUUUACUCUUUCUACCAGCUGUCAUGCCCACCCAGGGCAUCAGGGUGUGGCAAACAGUAUACACAGGGGCUUUGGUCAAGUCCUGGGUCUCAGCCCUGUGGUUCAUCUUUACAUUUGAAAGAUCAGAGAAGGAGCCAGGCAUGGCAGUGCAUACCUGUGUUUCUAGCACUUGAGGGGCUGAAGCAUGAGGACUGCCUUCAGGUCCAGUCCAGCGUGGGCUACAAUAAGACUGUCUCAGAAAAUACGCUAAAAAAAAAAAAAAAAAAAAUCAGAGAUCUCGCAACCUGAAUCUAGGUCUCAGACCCACAAGGGCAGAUGGUGACUUUCCAGGGAAUUUUUAAAGGCAUUUAUUUGUGAAAGGCUGUGCCCCUGCCACUGUAGACUUGAUGAAAAGAGGUGCUGGUCCCAGGUCAUCUAUUCUCACAGGCCUCCAGUGUCCCCCACUAGCCAUCAGAGCUGUUCCUGGGGAACCACUCACUGUCCAUCUGCCUGUGUACCUGGUUCAGAAUGCAGCCAACUCAAUCCAAUGGCCCUCCCACUGGCCCAGCUGCCUGUACUGAUCUUAAUUGAGUCUACAGGCUCAAUGCAAAACUACUUCCUUCCCUUCCUCAUUGAAAUGAAGCAUCUGACACACACACACACACACACACACACACACACACGUAGAAAUAGUAGGGUGACCACAAGCUAUUGCACUGUAAACCUUCUGACAGGCAUUUUGGUAUAUCAGAUUUUCUUUGUAAAAAGUUAAGAUGGUUUGUAAGCAAAGAAACCUUAAAAUCUAGAUUUGUACAGUUUUUUAAACAUCCCACUACUUGGUGUUUAAUUUAAAAAAAAAAAAAUGAGAGUGAGAAAAAGCCUAAUUUGAAGUCUAACUUACCUUUGGGUGGAAAUGCUGCUGAAGCCUCUGAACCCAGGUGGCAGCGACUGUCACACUGCCAGAGAGGAGUAUGUUAGGGGAAGGAUGGCGUGGGGAGAGGGUGAAUGUAGAAACACUGACUUCAAUAUGAUCUUCCUAUGGCAUUUAGGUACCUAGUAAAUGAGCACAAAGCUUAAAAAAAAAAAAAAAAAAAGACAUCUGGUCUAGCUCACUGAAGGCUUUGAACAUACAGUUUGGGUAUUUUUUAAAGACAUGAAAAUAUAAAGGCCUUAUUUGCCAUCUCCAUGGAGGACUGAUUAUGUCCGCCUAUUGCACUGUGUGUCCUUGUUUGUUUAUAGUGUGUAUGGGGAUAACCCCAGGGUCGGUCACUGCCUCCUACGGGUGAACAAGUCACCAAGCUUCUCUCACAUCCUACAGCCCUGAGUUCCAUCCAGAGGCACAAGCUGGUGCCCAGCAUGCAGGGUGAAAGAAGACAGUGGCUUCUGUCAUCACCACCGACUGCACCCAGGGCUGGCUCUCUGCGCUGAGCGGGACCUCCCCUUCUCUAAGCGGGAGUGGAGCACAGGCAGAAGACGCAAGAGCGAGGAGCUUUCCUUGGCCAGUGGUUUCACUUGUCCGCAUGUUAAACCUCAAGCCCAAUACCUUUCUUUGACUGAAGCAAGACAGAGGGAAGCUUCCACUCUGCACCCCAAGCCCACUGGAAUGAAGGUGACCUCACACUGGCCCCACACCAAAGUUCAGCCAUGCUCCUUGGCACUCCAACUUAGUUGCUCAGAAUCCCAGGCAUCUCUUGUAUCAAGAAAUGCCUUUAGGGUACACCUUUUCAGGAUGUCUAGAAAAAUAUUAUAUUUGUGCGUUUUUUCCUCACCUUGGGGCUGCCCAAGGUUCCCCUGCAGGAGCUCCACUUAUUUCUAAACAGAAGCUGCCCUCCUGUGGGCACAUUUGGGGCAGCACUUGUCUUUCUUUGGAAGGGCCAAUCCCUCCAGUCUCUUGGCUAAUGCCACAGCCAAAUUCAGCUUCCCUAAGAUACAGAGCCUUGGUAUACAAGGGGCAUCCUAAGUCGAGUCUCAGCAUUUUCUGUGUACCUGGCAUGUCCUCCUUUCUUCAGUCAAAGGUCCAGUAUACGCCAGUGAACAGCCCGGCACUGACAAUGACCUUCUCAUUUCUCUGUUGCAUGCAGUUGUGUUCAAAUGCCAAAUAGCAAUCAGAGCUGAGUGUUCUGAUCAGGUGCGUUCCUUGGUCACUGUGUGACUUGCUUUACUCUCUCCAUGUGCUAGAUGAAUGAGGAAUGCACACCUGUGUUUUCCAAGGUAUUUUUUAUGUGUUUUUAAACUUUUUAAAAUGAGCCUGAUACCUGUGUUUCAGCAUUUGGAGAUAUGGCCAUGUUGUUGGGUUUUUUCAUGUGUAUUUACUGAUAUAUUUUCGUUUGUAACCAAGCCAUGUUUAAUUUAUGUGCAAUCUUUGUAUGUAUGUGUCAUGGUUCCAACUUUCACAUUUUCUUUGAUUACAUUUACCAUUUGAUCUUGCUCUGAUUAUAAUGCCAGUGAAUGUCACUGAAUUCUUGGGACAUGCGAACUGCAAGAUCGAGAACAUCCUGAUGCAAGAAUAAACCUCUGACCGCCAAGCUA